GAACAUCUGAUGCUUCGAUCCUUUGAGGAAUCGCCUGCAUUUUUCUUGAUUUUGAGUCUGAAAGUCUCGAGUCUUUCCAGUCCUUAUUGCAUAAAUAUCACCAUCUAUACCCUCUCAAUUUUCUUUCCAGUUGCUCUGCAAUUGUCUCAUAUUACUUCAUUGGACUUCCAUCAAAUUACGAGCCAGAAAAUCCAUCCUCCCUUCAACCCAAACUACCCUUCACCCUUCCAACCUUCCAACCUUCCAAUCUUCUAACCUUCCAAUCUUCCAAUCUUCCAAUCUUCCAACCUACAUCAUGACCACCCUCUUCUGUUGUGAUUCCCCAGAGUCCUUUCGUCCCCAGAAACUCACCCACCAACAAAAGUUCACCAGCUUCAAAGCCUGGGCCGAAUACCCUCGCUCCUCCUCUAUCACAACCCCCAAUGACCCAGGAGAUGCCUCAAACCCCAUCACACCCACCACACCAUACGCCAUCCAAUUUGUCCGACAAGUAAACUACGGUCCUCUCGAAUCCAAACGCUACUUCAUUCCCGAUACCAACUCCCCAGGAGACUUUAUCGAGAUCUCCGAACAACAUCUGAUCCUAGCCAAUUACCAGAAGUUGAAUUCGUAAGUAAUAACAAAUCAUCCAUACAUUUUAUCAUUUCGGAUUUCAGAGUUGAUAACAGAGAAAUUUCAUGCAUGCUAUAAAAACUUCAAAUGCACGCCGCAUAAUAAAUUCUUCGAGGUGAAUUUGUAUCAGAGAGAUCCCGUGAAUGAUCAUCACUGGCGAGCGAAUAUUGCGAGGCCGGCGGGAGAUAUCGAUCUUUGAUGCGGAUGUUGGGGGAGAGAAGUGAAGAGAUUGUCUGUUUAGGAAGUUUAUGAUCUGGAGCUUUUUGACUCUUGUUGUCAUACUGUGUUGGCGGUGUGGGAGGAUACUGUACUGUAUUGUUUGUUGCGAGACUCUAUCGGCGUGUGGAGAUUUGCCCCUUUCCUCUUGGGAUCCAACACCAUACUUGGAUUUGCACAUGCGAGCAGGAUGGAGUUUGCACGGCUGCGGAUCUGUUGAUUGAUAUGUCGAUCUUGGUAUUUCACUUCACGAUAACCAUCAAAAACAAAGCUCUUCGCAGUAUAAUAUAUACCAGACGCACUUUGAUCUGCUAGUAGUGAGGACUCUGCAAUCGCAUCCAGCUGGUCUGUAGAUAGUAUACUUCAAUCUGUCGGAAAACACCAAGCGAAUUCUGAUGCAUCUAUCUAUAAAAGCA